AUGUUACUCAUGAUGGCUGAGCAAUUCUACACAGUGGCAUCUGACAGUGAAACCACCGGGGACGACAAAGCACCACAAUCAUUCCCUGAUGUUGCUAUCGGCAUUGAUAUUGGCACCUCAAGAUGCAGUGUUGCAAUUUGGAAUGGUCAUCAAGUGGAGCUGAUGAAAAACACCCGUAGCCAGAAAGGGAUGAGGUCAUAUGUCAUGUUCAAAGAUGACACCCUUUCAGCGGGUGUUACUGGAGGAGCAACCAAGGAGCACGCACACGAGGAAAGAGAUAUCUUGUCAGGAAGUGCAAUAUUUAACAUGAAGCGUUUAAUCGGGAGAAUGGACACAGAUGAAGUGGUUCAAGCUAGCAAGACUCUCCCUUUCCUUGUGCAGACACUGGGCAUUGGUGUGAGGCCAUUUAUUGCCGCUCUGGUCAACAAUAUGUGGCGCUCCACAACUCCUGAGGAAGUUCUUGCCAUCUUUCUUCUUGAAUUGAAGGCCCUGGUGGAAAUGCAUCUCAAGCAUCCAGUGAGGAAUGCUGUUCUAACCAUCCCAGUUGCAUUCAGUCGCUUCCAGCAGACCAGGAUCGAGAGAGCAUGUGCAAUGGCUGGACUGCAUGUGCUGAGGCUUAUGCCAGAGCCCACUGCUGUUGCUCUUUUGUAUGCUCAGCAGCAGCAGCAGUUUAUGCAAGAUAACAUGGGAAGUGGCAUUGAGAAAAUCGCCCUGAUAUUUAACAUCGGUGCUGGCUAUUGUGACGUUGCGGUGUCUGCCACUGCUGGAGGUGUUUCUCAGAUAAGAGCACUCGCAGGUUGCACCGUUGGUGGAGAGGACAUUCUUCAGAACGUAAUGCGCUACCUUCUACCCGACUAUGAUAGCUUAUGUGACAAUGCUGGUCCAACCACGGACAGGAUCAAGUCAAUGGGUUUACUGCGAAUGGCUACUCAGGAUGCGAUUCACAAACUGGCUUCCCAGGAAAGCACUGAGAUCAAUGCAGACCUGGGUAAUGGCCUGAAAGUGUCCAAGCUGCUGAGUCGUGCAGAGUUUGAACAGGUGAACCAGGCGAUCUUUGAGAAAUGCGAGAGGAUCAUCAAGCAAUGCCUGUCAGAUGCAAAGUUAACGCCAGAGGACAUCAACGAUGUGAUCUUGGUUGGAGGGUGUUCCAGAAUUCCCAAGAUCAGAAGCCUUGUCCUGGGAUUGUGCAAGAAGGGAGACUCUUAUGGAAGCAUCGACGAUCUUGAAGCCGCUGUUUCAGGUGCUGCACUGGAAGGAGCCAUUGCUUCAGGAGUCACCGACCCUUCAGGGAGCCUGGAUCUGCUGACGAUUCAGGCGACCCCGAUGAACCUCGGGAUCCGUGCCGACGGGGACGGCUUUGCAGCCAUCAUUCCAAGGAACACCGCUGUCCCGGCUAGAAGGGACAUGCUGUUUACAACAACGCAGGACAACCAGGCCGAGGCGCUGAUCGCCGUCUACGAAGGCGAGGGGGAGCAGGCGGAAGAGAACCAUCUCCUGGGGUACUUCAAGAUCACCGGCAUCCCGCCGGCGCCCAAGGGUGCCGUCGAGAUCAGCGCCUGCAUGGACAUCGACGCCGGCAACGUCCUCAGGGUGUUCGCUGGGGUCGUGAAGCCGCAAGGCGAGGCCACCCCGCCGUUCAUGGAGGUGAGGAUGCCCACGCUGGACGACGGCCAUGGCUGGUGCGGGCAGGCCCUGGCCAAGAUGUACGGCAGCAAGCUCGACCUCGCUGUUCUUCCUAAGAAGCUGCACCCGUAA